GGGUUUAUUUUUCUGAAUUGUUAUUAUUGAUCUAGCGUCAAUAUAUUUUGUAAGUUGUAAAUAUUUAUUCUCUCUUAUUGAUGGGAACUAAUUUGUAUUGUUUCAUUAUGUUUUACUCACUCAAAUCUGGAAAUAUUGACUUACUUUUCAAAAUCAAAUUUUGAGUUCAGCGCCAUUUUGUCUUCUUUGAGAACGAGACUCUGACCUACAUCCGGGUAAUGUUCCCGCAAAAAAGCAUGGCUUCCACUCCAGAGAAUUCUUCCAAGAAAUUAGCGACAUUGAGAGUGAUAGACCUUAGGGCCGAGCUCGAGAAGAGAAAAUUAGAAAAGACUGGUGUCAAAGCUAUCCUGAUUGAACGUUUAAAAGAGGCACUUGAAUCUGAGGGUCACAACCCAGAAGAAUAUACCUUUGACAGUCCUGCAGUGAAAACACCUGGUAAAACACCAGCCAAGAAAGAAGGUGAUGAACAACAGAAAGAAACAGCAGAUGAUGAUAAAGAAUCAAAAGAAGAAAAUGUGAAAGAAGAUAUCACAGAUAAAGAAAGGGAAGAUGUUAAAGAUGAUACGAUAGAUGAUGUUGAAGAUGAAGGCUUUCCUGACCUUGAUGAUGAAAACAUGUUGAUUGAUGAGGUUGGGGGAGACGAUGAAGAUCUUUCUGGAGAUGUUGAGUUGGUCAUGGAUGAGCCUGAUGCUAUAACAUUAACUGUAGAAGAUGAAGACAAGCUGUUAGCAGAAGAGGAGGACAAGCCUAAAGAAGAAGUGAAAACUCAGGAUAAAGCAGAAACUAACCCUGUUACAACUGCACCUGAUGAUGAGAAGAAAGCUCCUGCAAGUGAAGAUGGCAGUACAAAUGAUGCAGAAGUGUCCGCUAUCAUGAAUAAGACCAAGUCUGACAUCCUUAAGGAAGCCGUCUCUGUUCCACCAACUCCAACUAGCGUAGCACCAGUUGCACCAUUUACCGUCGAGGAUACAAUCAAAAUGGACACAUCAUUGGAGUCACAAAAAGAAGAUGAUGUGUCUCUUGUUGUUAUGGUUGAUGAUACAGCACAGAACGACCUUGAUGCUGAUCUUCUAACUAUGGAAAAUGGUGAUCAUGCCAAUGGAGAAGUAUCAACCAGCGAGACCGCCCAAGAGGUUGCAGAUGCAGAGAAAACUGGUGGUGACAAAGAACCUGCAAAAGUUGAUACCAAUGAUGAAUCGACCACAAAGACAUCUGAGGAAAAGUCUGAUGAAAAACCAGUGGAAAGCAACAAAGAUGAUUCUAAAACCGAUGCAAAAAGUUCUGAUGAUAAGAGCGCUACUACUGAGGAAGCUAAGAAAGAUGACAAGAGUCGGGCAGCUAGCAACAGUAAGAACCUAUGGGUCAGUGGAUUAUCAUCUUCUACGCGUGCUACAGAUUUGAAAGCUCUAUUUAGCAAAUAUGGAAAAGUUGCAGGUGCAAAGGUUGUCACUAAUGCACGUAGCCCUGGCUCCCGUUGCUAUGGAUUUGUUACCAUGACAACCCAAGAAGAGGCAACAAAGUGUAUCCAACAUCUACAUAGAACUGAACUUCAUGGCAGGAUGAUUUCUGUAGAAAGGGCAAAGACUGACCCUGCCACUCAACCUAAGCCCCAAGCUAAAGCUACUGAGGCCAAAGCAACUGAUAAGAAAGAAGAAAAGAAAGAAGAUAAAGAUAAAAAGGUUGAAACCAAGAAAGACGACAGGAGACGAAGUGAUGACAGAGAUAGGCGUGGUGACAGAAGACUUUCUGGAUCUGGUCAUUAUAGAGCUCGCUUUCAAGAUGACAGACGUCGUGGCUACAUGUCUCCAAGAGACAGGAGAACCUCAGAUCAUCGUCAUGGUGACCGUAGAAGAUCAGAUGAUCGUGGUGGUAGAAGACGAGAUGACAGAAAAGACGACAAGAAAGAUGACAAGAAGGAUGCAAAGACAACACCAAAGAAAGAAGGAGACCAGAAGUCAGCUGAGAAGAAGGAAGAGGAGAAAGAGAAAACCACAGAUGCCAGCAAGGAAGGAGAUAAACCUGAAGACACAAAGAAAGAAGGGGAAUCUGCAGUUAAAAAGGAAGAGGAGCCAACAGCAGUUAAGAAAGAAGUAGAUGAUCAAGAGGGUGACAAAAAGAAAGCAGACAACAAGGAAGGAGAAAAGAAGGUUGAUGAAGUAAAGAAGGAAGCUGUUAAAACUGAGAGAAAAGAGCAUAGUCGAACACGUACCCAGUCUAGGGAUAAAGAUGGAAAAACAGAGGCGGAUAGGGCCAGGGAAGCAAGAGAGAGAGAAAGGCUCCGUCAGAAAGAACGUCGUCUUCGUGAAGAGGAGCGUAGCAAUCGCCAUCAGAGUUUCCUCCUACGUGAACGUCAGCGACGUAUUGAUGAAGAACAGCGACGUGAAGCUGAUAGACUUGCCAGAGAACGUAGAGCUCUCCAGGAUGAGAAAGAUCGUUUGGAACGUGCACGCCUCGAAGCAGAGAGAUUUGAGCGUCAGCGCCAGCAACAAAUGGAACGUGAAAGAAUAGAGCGAGAGAGAGAGGACAGGAGACGUCGUGAAGAAGAGGCAAGGCGCCUUGAGAAAAUAAGGGAGGAACAGAGAAGGGCCCCUAAGAGGACAUAUGAUUCUGGAAAUCGUAAUGCAGAACCAGGCUAUUGGGACAGCAAACGUCCCACCACAGACAACUCCAGAGUGGAUACUAGAACUCAGAACAGAAAUUAUGACGAUCAUCGUAGAGAUACACGUACUGAUAAUCGCAGGAAUUUUGAAGAGCGCCAAACAGGAAACGAGCGUAGAGUUGAGAGGUAUGACCGCAGGACCAAUGUUGAAACCACUAGGGAGACAACUUCAAGAGAUACAAAUGUAACGCAUAAUAGGUACGAGGAUACGCGACGUGACACAGGGACACGGCAGGAGGAUAGGUAUAGUGACAGGUAUAAUAAUCGGGCUGCACCAGCUCGUGAUGACCGCAGGCAAGAUCGCCAAUCUAACACUUCUCGUGAUAACUAUACCAGCAACAGGCAGCAGGCCACCCAUCACACUAAUACAACACGUGACAGUGGACGCACAGACAGCCGUGGGGAGUGGAAGUCGGAAAGAGGUCAGAUUCACUCUGAUCGUCGGGAUGUAAACAAGAAAGUACGAGACGCAGAAAGAAUGGCUGAAUUGAUGAAUCAGAAAAGGGAACAGGAGGCGCUACAAGAUCACAAAAACUCGUAUAAAUCGCCAGCUUCACAGAGAAGAGACUCGGCCAGGAUGGCGAAAUUUGUGGAAAAAAAGAAGACUGGUGUAGAAGAUCGUGGUCACCAGUCCCACUCUAGCCAGCAACAGUCCAGUAGCAGCAGUGGACGCUACAAUGACAGAAGCCAAGCUUUCACAGAUAACAGAGGCUCUACCCAGACCCAUGGACAUAGCAGCCAGCGUGACCAAUGGGGCCAAGCUGGACAGCGUGACCAUAGCAACACACAUAGUAAUCGUAGCAGCACACAUGUAACAAAUCAAACCAGCUUUGUUCAACCAACUCAGGUUAUGCCCCAGCAUACAGGAAUAGCCCUUGGCCAGCCUCUUGUGCAACCCAGCCCAGUGUUCUUGGGGGCUGCUGCACAAGCAGCUAAUAUCCUUAUGGGAGCUGGUUUGAGCAGCCAGCAGAGGGACAAUCGCUAUGACGCAUAUAAAACAUCAAUGAGUGGAUCUACUCAGCUACAGGGGCGGAGAUACUAGACACGCUUACUUACUUUUGUUGUUUUAGUUAUGUAGUGUAUUUUGUUUUUAAAAAGUGAACCUCAUGAAUGAAAUGAAUAAUACCUAUGAGAGGAGUGCUCAGGACAUAUGGAUCUAGAGGGUGUUCAUAGUCUGGGGUUUUACUGUUAAUUUAUGUAUUAAGACUGUGAUUGGGACUCAGUUAAUUUAACAACCUAUGAGCUUAUUGGAACAGAUGUAUGCAGAUCAUGUGUAAUUACAUUAUGUUUGUACAUAAUCUCCCAUAAGACACGAUGUUAAAGAACAUUCUUAAAUUGAUAACACCACUUCAAUGUCUUUAAGUGGCAUUUUGUUGGAUUCAUAGGAUCAAUAUUGGAAAGUAAUACCAUCAGGAAUUCAUUAAUAGAAGCAACUGUUGUAU